AUGUUCAGCAGGUUGAAAAACUUGGUAGGGGCGCCCAUGCCUCCCCCUGCCCAAGCUGCUACCCCACCUUCCACCCCAGCUCCACCACCAAAGGAAGAAAAGCCUCCUGAAAAGAAGGAUGAGGAGCAGCCAAAAAAAGAAGAGGAAAAGAAAGAGGAACCAAAGAAAGAAGAGGAAAAGAAAGAGGAACCAAAGAAAGAGGAAGAACCCAAGAAGGAAGAGCCAAAACCGGCUCCUGCACCUGCUGCACCUGCUGCCCCUGCUCCAGCUGCAGCAGCAGGUGAUGCUCCUGCCAAUCCAGAGGGGGCUGAAGGAGAAGAACCUCCUCCGUCUCCACCUAUUGUCUACUCUCGUUACACAGAUGACAUGGUCAGACAUGUGAACAAGGCAUUAAGAGAGCGCACGGAGAUGCUCAAAGAGAAAGUCACCGACCCGUAUGCCACUUCUCCAGAGAUCACCCCACCUGUCACGCCCAUUCUGAAGAAGGAGGACUACAUCAAAUUGAAGGAGGAAGAGCGCAUCGCCAAAGAGGAAGCGGAAAAGAAGAAGGCAGAGGAUGCAGCUAAAAAGGCAGAGGAGAAGAAGAAAAAGGAUGAGGAGAAGAAGCUGGAGGCGGAGAAGAAAGCUGAGGAGGACAGGCUCGCGGAGGAGGCCAGGAAAAAAGCCAAGCUCCUCCCAGACAUCAACUGCGCCUGCUUCGAUGCCCUCUUUCAUCCAUUAGAGGAGAAGAUGGAUACGGUCCUGGGGACCACCAUAGACCCUUUCACAGAUCGUCGAUAUAUUUGCUGGCUGGCUUUAGUAGCAGUGGCAUACAACUACAACGCUUGGUUUUGCACUGCUCGACUGGCCUUCCCUUACCACAAUGCUACUUCUAACCCCAUUUGGAUAUUUUUUGACGUUCUUAGUGACUUAGUGAACGCCAUUGACAUUAUGCUGUGGCAACCCCGUCUUCAGUUUGUCAAAGCUGGAGACAUUGUUACAAACAGAGCCAUGACUAAGGUACAUUAUCGUAAUUCGAGCCAAUUUAAGGUUGAUUUGGUCAGCAUCAUCCCCUUUGACCUCCUCUCCGUCUAUUUUGGAUUCUCUUCCUUUUACCGACUCAACCGCUUCAUCAGGGUGGAUUCUUUCUUUGAGUUCAGCGAUCGGCUUGAGAGUCUCAUGGCAAAGGCCUACAUAUGGAGAGUUAUUCGCACCACAGGCUACCUGCUCUACGUCCUGCAUCUCAAUGCCUGUAUGUACUAUGUUGCCUCAGUGCACCAGGGUAUAGGAACAACCUUAUGGGUGUAUAAUGGAGUUGGAUCAGCGUACCUGCGUAGUUACUACUUUGCUGUCCGCAGUCUGAUCAACAUCGGGGGUCUUCCAGAGCCUACAACCAUCUUUGAGAUUAGCUUUCAGAUGAUUAACUACUUCUCUGGUGUCUUUGUGUUUUCCAGUUUGAUUGGACAGAUGAGAGAUGUCAUAGGAGCUGCAACAGCAGGUCAGACAUAUUUCCGGGCAUCAAUGGACGGCUGUGUUGCCUACAUGAACACAUAUAUGAUCCCCAGGCAAAUCCAGAACAGAGUCAGGAUGUGGUACAACUACACUUGGGCUGCUCAGGGCAUGUUGGAUGAGGGUGAGCUGCUGGAUAAUUUGCCUCUGGUGAUGAAAACGGCCAUCGCUGUGGACAUCAAUCUGGCCACUUUCCAGAAGAUCGCACUGUUUCAGGGUUGUGACCAGCAGAUGUUGGUGGACAUGUUGCUGAGACUCAAGUCUAUUGUUUAUCUACCAGGAGAUUUUGUUGUGAAAAAAGGUGACAUUGGUAAAGAGAUGUACAUCAUCAAGAGUGGAGCGGUGCAGGUGGUGGGAGGACCCGACAACAGUAUUGUGUUUGUCACCCUGAAGGCUGGCGCUGUGUUUGGAGAAAUCAGUUUACUACAGUCUGCUAAAGAUGGAGGAAACAGGCGCACAGCUAAUGUAAAAGCACAUGGCUUCGCUAACCUCUUUGUCCUGGAAAAGAAGGACUUGUUUGAUAUUCUCAUCCACUACCCAGAGUCUCAGAAAGUGCUGGCCAGGAAGGGAAAGAAACUGGUCAAAGCUAAAGCCCCUGCAGGGGGAAAUGAGGAUAAGCCAAAAAGCAACACUCUCUUCGGACCGAGACCACCAACCCCGAAGCUGUUCAGACUCUUUGGCAAUUUACGUAAAGCCAAGGUAAAGUUUUAACAUUGAGACAACAGUCUUCAUAGAGGAAUAGCUGCUGAGUAGCUGAGUUAUUUCAAAUUGAUUAGUUAUUGAUUUAGCUGUGAACAAUUUGAAAUAAGCC